CGCUCUCUGCUGAAGUAUGUGUUGGGCUGGUGUAUAGAGGUCUAAAACGUAAUUCCUCGGGAGCUUCUGGUAUUUGGCUUCAUUGUUAAAACACGAGCAGAGAUAUUCAGGCGUAAGAGAUAGACGGACUAACUGACAGUUUGAGAGUUCAAAAGUAACUUCAAAGCUUCUCGGAAUCAGGCCUCCCUACUUUGAGGAUAAGACCACAGAUUUCUUUCGACAUGGGGGCUUGUCUUUCUCUUCGAUUACAGUACAAACAAGACUUGUCGGGUAACACAUUUUCCCACUAUAGUCUCACAUCUGAUACGAGUAUCCUGGACCUGUAUCCAACCCUGCACGCAGAAGAUAAGGCUCGGGACCAACGGCCACCUUUGCCCAUGAACGAUGAUUGGGGUGGAUUGGCUGUGAUUGACGAUCCUGGACCUAGCCAUCAGCACCCAGAGGAACUCUUGGCCAUAGAGGAGAACGAGAGGGCCGAUUUUUUCUUUCAUGACAACCUCGACAGUGUCGACCUCAGUGAUGUGAAAUAUGGCUACGAAACCAUGGACGAAAGUGUGAAUAAAUGUGAUACAGACCCCGAUGACGGUCGGCCUCAAGAGCCAAAUAGAGAUUCAAAGCAGCGACUGGGCUGGAUCCGGGAACUUGAACGGAGACUGAUGUACCACAUCUUCUCCAGGAUGUUUUACAAAUCUUCGCUAACGGAAUCUUGACGAAAAUAAAUCCUUGAAGGGAAUAUUUCUGAA